AUGGAGGAAAUGUUAUCAAACAUUGAAAAAUGUGAUCCAAAAAAAUCAAGAAAAAGAAAAAGUGAUACGACAAAGUGGAAACGUAAGGCGGUGCAAAUAAAACGAUAUAAAAGCAAAGGAUUGCCAAUAUUUCCUCGAUGUGGCCAUGACAAAAAAGCGUUCAAAUGUGAUAAAUUGACAGCGCAAGACAUAAGAAGGUUUCAUGAAAAUUUCUACAAAUGCAAAACCAAGAUAUCUCAAGAUAAUUUCAUCCUAAAGUACUGCACGGUAAAUAAAGCAAAAAAACAAAUGUCAUUUUAG